AUGGGUCGAAAUACCUUCGGGUUCCUGAGUAACUGGAAGUUCGUGGGGCGGUUUAGAUGGGACUUUGCUGUCGCUAGCUUGACGGUGGCGACUGAGACUAUUGCUCAGGUGUUCCUCCAGCUUUCAGUCAAUGCUGGAAUGGGCCGUCACUUGGAUGAUCUGUCGAACUCGCAGAUAGUUACAGCACUGCAUUGGUCAUGGAUUCGUGGUCGGCAUGAGAAAAAGCCGUGGUUUCUGAUCAUUCUGGGUGUUCUGAUUGGCGCAAUCAAUACCAUUGUUCUUGGAACAAUUCUGGGUCAAUGCAAGCCAAUGAACAAGUUGUGGGAUGACAAUGUUGAAGGACGAUGCAACCCGGGCCGCAAAGUCAAUCAGAACUAUUCGUUCUUCAAAGCUAGUUGGGCCUUUGCUAACGAGCUAGGCUUCAACGCACUUAGCGACGUCCUGUUGGCAGUAUAUCCUGUUCAUCUCUUUUGGAAACUCCAAAUGAAGCUGCGGAUCAAGGUCAUCUUGUCUAUCCUCAUGGGGCUGGGCUGGAUAGCGGCAGUUUGCUCCGCUGUCAAGACAUAUGAACUCAAAGCAUUGACCGAGACAACAGAUAUCACCUACGCUCAAUCCGAUCUCCUCAUCUGGGCAUCGACAGAAGCUUGGAUCGUUACCAUGGUCGGCUGUAUACCACCCAUUCGACUAUAUGGACAAGGUAUUGCGGCGACUGGGCUUUACCUCAAAGAAAAAUACUAUGACUCGGGCGGACACGCAGCAUAUGGCACAAACAAGUCCAACCUGGCUAGCCAUUCCAAUUUUCAGUCCAACGCAUGUGGGGGGAGGAAGAAGCCAUCUGAAGAUGACAACCCGGGCUGGAUGGAUCUCAGCACAUUUGCCGGGACAAAUGGAAGUGAAGAACAUAUUGUCAAUGACCCAAAGGGUGUUAUGAUUAGAACCGAGAUUGAGACUCGAUUCGAGGUUGUGGAGCGUCACGGCGGCCCGUCCUCAGGGGAUAGUAGCAUCUCUGCCGAGUAUCCGAUCCAUGGGCGAAUAUAG